AUUACACUUUGGACUUUAUUAGAUAGGAUUUUGGGUUGUAUAGUAAAUCUUUGACACACAACUAGUCUUGGAACUUUCGCACAUGGCUCCGAUUAGUUUAGUUUACCUGUAAAACAAAACCCAGGGUGAACAACAUUGUUUCCGGGUUAUGUUAAGUAGAGAAAGGGAGCAACAAAUUGGCGGACCAAGCGUAGAAAGUAAAGUUUUGUAUUGUGGACCAGGUUGACCGAUUAUGGAAAACAAUUCGCGGCCGAAGACAGAAAUUUGCCAUGGGCACGAUUACCAUGUUUGCAAACCUUUUAAGGCCGAAUCUUGUCAAUGGACUGAUCUCUACAGCUGCACAACCAAGAAGAGGGAAGACUACCUGGAAUGGCCCGAGUACUUCAUGGCUGUGGCAUUCUUGUCAGCUCAGAGAAGCAAAGACCCGAACUCACAAGUGGGGGCCUGUAUAGUGAACCAGGAGAAUAAGAUUGUUGGCAUUGGCUACAAUGGAAUGCCUAACGGCUGUGAUGAUGAUCAGCUGCCUUGGGCUCGGUCGGCGGCUGAUCGUCUGGACACUAAAUAUCCCUAUGUGUGCCAUGCAGAGCUCAAUGCCAUCAUGAACAAGAACAGUGCUGAUGUGAAGGGCUGUACCAUCUAUGUUGCACUGUUCCCCUGUAAUGAAUGUGCUAAACUCAUCAUCCAAGCAGGCAUUAAGGCAGUGGUCUAUCUUUCUGACAAAUACCAUGACACACCUGAGAUGACUGCCUCAAGACGACUACUCAAUAUGGCAUGUGUACAGUUCCAGCAAUUCAAGCCGAAGAGGACCAAGAUUACCAUUGAUUUUAAUUCCAUAAACCUCCCAACAGCGCUGGACAACUCAACAAAGUGACUAUCCAAAUUUCUGAUCAAGGCCGGCCAAAAAGCCAGAACAUGGAAGAGAAAGUGUUGCAUUUGUUAUGUAUAUACUUUUUGAGCCCUGUAUCUUUGUUUUUGUUUUUUCACAAGAUACAGAUUACUUGCUUUUGCAAUCUAGGUAACAAGAAGAGUUUUAUAGAUAUUGUUUUCACAUUUUUAAUUGAAAAUUAAAUUGAGUUCCACCUACAAGUCUACAUGUUUUAAGUUGAAAAAUUAUUCAUCUUUUUUUUUUAAUCCAAAGACAUUCCCCAACUAUGGCAAAGGAGGAAUAUUGUUAAGUUCCUGGCCAUUUCACUUACAGUGGGGCAAAAAAAUAUUUCGUCAGUCACCAAUUGUGCAAGUUCUCCCACUUACAAGAUGAGAGAUGGCCGUAAUUUUCAUCAUAGGUACACUUCAACUAUGAGACAAAAUGGAAAAAAAAUUAUGUAUUAUGGAAGCUGACCUCAAAGUAUGCUUUGAAACGGGAUCUUGCCCCAAUUAUUCCAUUUUGAUCUCUCAGACUGUCCUGUCAAACUGUGAACAUAUUUUUUCCAUUGUAUAAAAGGAUGUGUCCAAGUUUGUGUUUUUCUUGACUACAGGACUCACAAACAUUUGUUUUGAAUGAGUUGAAUCACUGACAUUUUGAUUUCACAGCAAUUAUGGCCCAUACUCCACUUGCUUUGGUACUGUUACAGUUUUAGAACUUGAAGAAAUGGGGUC